CAGGUACGUGUCAUCGAAUAGUACGAAGGGAAACACGUUUCGUAGUCGUUCGAAGCGGUAGACUGGUGUGCUCGUUCUUCAAAUUCUUUACAAAUAAGGCUGCGAUAAUAUAUAAGUGGAAGUAGGUGAAUAUUAUAAAUAAUAUAAAUAACGAAGCAUUGACGAUAAAGGGAUGUAUUAUAGAUAAGAAAAAUUCUAAUUAAAAAGUGUCUACGACGGUGAAUAAUAUUAUCCUAAAAUAAAGAAGAUCGCAUUAUUCGAUUUAAACAAAUUGUGAAUGAGAAUGAAUAAGAUAGCGUGUGGAUAACGUUCCUUCUUGAUCGAAUAAAAAAUUUCAAAUAUAAACGAACAUAGGCAGGCAUAAAAAUAAAAAAAAAGAAGAAGACAAAAGAAAAAUAAAUGAAGACAAUGAACAACUCGAAUAUUCAGGAUAAAAGAAUUCAUAAACGGAAAUCAACAUUUUGGGCAUACGUUCUUUGGCUCUUUGGUGGUCUAAUCGGUGCUCAUCAUAUCUAUCUUGGCAGAGACGCUCAUGCCUUCCUAUAUAUCAGCACCUUUGGUGGUUAUCUAGGACUGGGAUGGUUCUGGGACAUUUUUAAAAUUCCAUCCUACGUGGCCGAUGCCAAUAAUGAUCCAAAUUUUGUCGAACAGUUCAAACAUAAAGUUAAAGCCAACCGCAAGCCACCGUUUUCUACUAUACGAUUUGCCGCUGGAAAUGCAGUUGCUUAUUUCUGGGCUGAAAUUUAUUGUAGUGCUAUACCGCAGGACGAGAUAAACGGGAUUAAUUUCCGGCAUUUGAUGAUUCUGACACCAGCAGUCAUUGCUCUAGGAGUUUGGACAGUUGGUAACAUUGGUAAAGAAGAAGGUACCAUAUGGGCAGCACUUGUUGCAGCUUAUCUCGUUUAUCCAAUUCUAUAUUACAUCGGUGAUGACACCAUUUGGGUAUUUCUCAUGGUGCUUGCAUCGAAUUUAGCAUUCGACACAUUCAGCAAACGAUGGCGUUUAAAACCAAAAAAGAAGCAAAGAUGGAUCAAAAGAAUGCUAGCUCUAUUCUUAGCUAUUAGUUUGUACUUUUCAUUGAUAGGUAGUUAUCUAUACUUCAAUGCUGUUAUCACGGACAGUGAAAAUGAAGAAAUUAAAUUGUCAGAUGCGAUUGGACACUUCUUUACUUCACCUAUUUGGCUUGAUCUUAAGGCGAGUUUGGAAGCAACCUGGAAUCAAGCGGUUCAUCAAGGAUUUUGGGCAACCUGGGCUCAAAUCGUGGAUCUAUCUGAUCCACGAGGUGAAAUAAACGCUUAUAAGGUUCUUGGCCUAUCUCAAACGGCCUCGCAAAGCGAAAUUACGGCUAAAUGGAGAACUCUUUCAAGAGAUAAUCAUCCAGACAAAAUUAAGGGUACGAAAGAGGAGAGGCGAAAGGCUCAAGAGAAGUUUAUGGAAAUACAGCAGGCCUAUGAAAUACUAUCUAAAGCUAAAAAUCGAAGGCAACGUCGAAAUCGAAGAUCAGAAUGAAAAAUUCUCGAGAUCGAACUAUUUUCAAUGUCAAAU